AUGAACUCCAACACGCCUCUGGUGCGGAUCGCUCGCCUCUCGUCCAGCGACGGGCCCAUGUUGGCCCACGUGUCUGAGCUGGAGCUGCCCUCGGACCCCAAGUGGGAGUUCUCACGCACACGGUUGACUCUGGGAAAGCCGCUGGGAGAGGGCUGCUUCGGGCAGGUGGUGAUGGCUGAGGCUGUGGGCAUCGAUAAAGAAAAACCAAACAAACCUCUGACGGUCGCUGCCAAAAUGUUGAAAGAUGAUGCGACGGAUAAAGACUUAUCGGACCUGGUCUCAGAAAUGGAGAUGAUGAAGAUGAUCGGGAAACAUAAAAAUAUCAUUAAUCUUCUGGGAGCGUGUACGCAGGACGGUCCUCUGUACGUUCUGGUGGAGUAUGCGUCUAAAGGAAACCUGAGGGAGUACCUGAGAGUACGCAGACCUCCGGGGAUGGACUACUCCUUCGACACGUGUAAGAUCCCGGACGAGACCCUCACCUUCAAAGACCUGGUGUCCUGUGCCUACCAGGUGGCCCGGGGUAUGGAGUACCUGGCCUCCCAGAAGUGCAUCCACAGAGACCUGGCCGCUCGGAAUGUCCUUGUGACGGAGGACAACGUGAUGAAGAUCGCAGACUUCGGACUGGCCAGGGACGUGCACAACAUCGACUACUACAAAAAGACCACCAACGGUCGUCUGCCUGUGAAAUGGAUGGCUCCAGAGGCACUGUUUGACCGGGUCUACACUCACCAAAGCGACGUGUGGUCGUACGGCGUCCUGCUGUGGGAGAUCUUCACUCUGGGAGGUUCUCCGUAUCCUGGGAUCCCGGUGGAAGAGCUUUUUAAACUGCUGAAGGAGGGACACCGGAUGGACAAACCGGCCAACUGCACCCACGAACUGUACAUGAUCAUGAGGGAGUGCUGGCACGCCGUCCCGUCCCAGAGGCCCACGUUCAGACAACUGGUGGAAGACCACGACCGGCUCUUAUCUAUGACCUCCACAGAUGAGUACUUGGACCUGUCCGUGCCGUUUGAACAGUACUCUCCGACGUGUCCCGACUCUAACUCCACCUGCUCCUCUGGUGAUGACUCUGUGUUUGCUCACGACCCCCUCCCGGACGAGCCCUGUCUCCCCAAACAGCUGUCUCCAAACGGGGCCAUCCGGACGUAA